CAAUGCAUCAAGAUCGGAUGGAAGCCCAAGUACGGACAGUUUGACAUACUGCCUCUAGUGCUAUCUGCUGCUGGUUCAGAUCCCGAGUGGUUCGAGAUUCCCCAUGACUUAGUGCUGGAAGUCAACAUGAAGCAUCCCAAAUACCCGUGGUUCGCAGAUCUGGGGCUGAAGUGGUACGCCCUGCCCGCUGUGUCCGGCAUGCUGUUUGACUGUGGGGGCCUAGAGUUUCCAGCCUGCCCCUUUAACGGCUGGUACAUGGGAACGGAGAUCGGGGCCAGAGACUUCUGUGACCCCAACAGAUACAACAUGCUGGAG